GGUGCGGGGCGAGCUGCGCUGGCUGCCCGGGCUGCGAGCCUGGCGGGGAUGUGCCGGGAAUGACGAGACUGGGGCUUGCAAAGACUUGCACGGCAGCUGGAAUUCAUGACAAAUAGCUCACUGCAGCUAAACUUUGAUCCAGUGUACAGUAGAACCGCCUGUUACACACAGGAAGGAGAUUUCGUCCUUCAUCACAAUGAAAAGCCAGCCUUAAAAAAAAAAUAGGACAAUGUGUCAGGUCUAUAAUUACGGACCGGUGAUGUAUCACCAAUCAGCAUGUCGCCCAUCAGUCAAUCACAGUUUAUUCCACUCGGGGAAAUCCUUUGCUUGGCCAUCUCAGCAAUGAACUCGGCAAGAAAACCUGUCACCCAAGAAGCACUGAUGGAGCACCUGACGACCUGUUUCCCAGGUGUUCCGACCCCUAGCCAAGAAAUCCUGCGGCACACGCUGAACACGCUGGUACGAGAGAGGAAGGUCUAUCCCACCCCGGAGGGCUACUUCAUCGUGACGCCACAGACUUAUUUCAUAACACCUUCCCUCAUAAGAACUAACAGCAAAUGGUACCAUUUGGACGAGAGGAUACCUGACCGGUCUCAGUGUACCUCUCCACAGCCUGGAACCAUCACGCCCUCUGCCUCGGGCUGUGUCAGGGAAAGGACAGUGCCCAGGAACCACUGCGACUCGUGCCACUGCUGUAGAGAAGACAUGCACAGCCUGCACGCGUCCACCCUGCAGAGGAAGCCCGCCAAGGACUGCAAAGACCCCUACUGCCCCCCUUCGCUGUGCCAGGUGCCGCCCACUGAGAAGAGCAAAAGUACUGUAAAUUUCUCCUAUAAGACGGAAACUCUCUCGAAACCUAAAGACAGUGAAAAGCAGUCCAAGAAAUUCGGGCUGAAGUUAUUCCGGCUGAGCUUUAAGAAAGACAAGACCAAACAGCUGGCCAAUUUUUCCGCCCAGUUUCCUCCCGAGGAGUGGCCCCUGCGCGACGAGGACACGCCCACCACCAUCCCCCGGGAAGUGGAGAUGGAAAUCAUCCGGCGCAUUAACCCGGACUUGACCGUGGAAAACGUCAUGCGGCACACGGCCCUCAUGAAGAAGCUGGAGGAAGAGAAGGCGCACAGGAGCAAAGCCGGGUCUUCCGCCCACCACAGCGGCAGGAGUAAAAAGAGCAGGACUCACCGGAAGUCCCAUGGGAAGUCUCGGUCGCACAGCAAGACCCGAGUGUCCAAAGGCGAGCCCUCGGACGGCUCGCAUCUGGACAUGGCCGGGGAGAGGGACUGCGACUUCUGUGACCCACUCACCAGGGCGCCCAGGGAGGGCUGCUUCAUCAUCGAGCACAAAGGCGACAACUUCAUCAUGCACAGCAACACCAGCGUGAUCGAGUCCCACUUCCCCAUGACACCGGAGUGGGACGUGUCCGGCGAGCUGGCCAAGAGGAGGACUGAGAUGCCUUUUCCCGAGCCUUCCAGGGGAAGCUCCCACUCCAAAGUGCACCGAAGCCACAGCCAUACCCAGGACCGGCGGUCCAGGAAUGAGAGAUCCAGCAAAGCCAAGGAGAGGUCCAGGUCGAUGGAUAACUCCAAAGGCCCUCUGGGUGCUUCUUCGCUAGGGACGCCUGAAGACUUGGCCGAAGGCUGCAGCCAGGAUGACCAGACCCCCAGCCAGUCCUACAUUGACGACAGUACUUUAAGGCCCGUCCAGGCUGUGGGGCACCAAAGGGUUCACCUGGCAUCCACGAGUUACAAAGAGGUGUGUAUUCCAGAAAUAGUCGGGGGCAGCAAGGAGCUUCCCAGCGCGUGCAGCCUGCUGGAGCCAGGCAAACCGCCCGAGAGUCUGCCAUCCUACGGGGACCUCGGUGCUUGUCCAAGCAAAACAGCUGCCGAUGACUAUUUCCAGUGCAACACCUCCAGCGAGACGGUGCUCACGGCCCCAUCACCCCUGGGAAAGAACAAGGAGGACCACGACACUCUGACUCUGGCAGAAGGAGUGAAAAAGCUGUCUUCCUCUGACAGGCAGGCCCCCCAUUCCUCCCGGGAGCCCAUGGGGCACAAGGAGGAGUCCCCCAAAGGGCUGGGCGGGGGCCCGGCUGCUUCCGGGGGCGUGGCGGAGGCCGUGGCAAAUGGACGCCUGGUCCAGCACCACAGCACCGAGCCGGGCGGCCUAGACAAGAGGAAAGAGAUUUUCAGCAAAGACACGCUCUUCAAGCCUCUUCACAGCACCCUGUCUGUAAACAGCUAUCACAAAUCAAGCCUGUCCCUCCUCAAAUCGCACCCGAAGAGCCCUGCCGACACGCUGCCAGGCCGGUGCGAGAAACUGGAGCCCGCCCUGGGGCCCUCGGCGGCACAGGCCAUGCCCGCCUCCCAGCGCCAGCAGGAGUCUGGAGGGAACCAGGAGGCCUCCUUCGACUACUACAACGUCUCUGACGACGACUCGGAGGAAGGGGCCAACAAAGACGCGGAGGAGGAGAAGGGCAGAGACGACGUCGGCACCAUGCAGUGGCUCCUGGAGCGAGAGAAGGAGAGAGACUUGCAGAGGAAAUUUGAGAAGAACCUCACGCUCCUCGCCCCGAAAGAGACGGACAGCAGCAGCCAUCAGAGAGCCACGCAUUCGGCCCGGCUGGACAGCAUGGACAGCAGCAGCAUCACUGUGGACAGUGGAUUCAACUCCCCACGUACUCGGGAGAGCCUGGCUUCCAACACAUCCAGCAUUGUUGAAAGUAACCGGCGGCAGAACCCUGCUCUGAGUCCGGCCCACGGCGGAGCCGGGCCAGCCUUCAACUUCCGAGCCAGUACGGAUCCCCCAGGCAACGAAGCUGAGAAACUCCAGAAACCCUCCAACUGCUUGCAAGCUUCUGUUACUAGUGUGUGAUAGUCACUCUGCCUCAGAUCUUCUGUCUCGUUCGAUACGGCCAAGUUUACGACACUGGGACUGACGUUUACAUCUUUGGAAAGACAAGCAUCUCAACCACAGUUUUUGUGCUUACUUAAACUGUGCUGCUAAGUAGGCUAGGGCAAAACGAAAUCCUUAUUUCAGAGUAUUGCUUUUCACAUUUUUGGCUCUGUAGCGACCGAAUAGCAGUAGGGUGAUAUGUAUACUUUUGCUUCUCUAACUGUACCUGAGCACACGUAGGAAAGUCUAGACACUGUAAGUGUGAUAUGCAUUUUCAAUGUCAUGCAGUUGCCAAUUCCAUAUUAAAAUGCCACAGAUGAGUGUUGUUCCCGGUUUGUGGUUAAAUGGCACCACAGAACUGAUCCUUGACACUUCCAAAACCAAAAGCAAAAGAAAAAAAAAAAUGCCCAUGCCACCACGACAUAUCCAGUGCAAGGGUCUACUUAGGGAAAUCCAUGCCAAACUGCCCAGCAGGGACCACAGCCCUCUGUUUGUGAAUUGUUUCCACACCAGUCAUUUUUCACUGAGUUCUGUGACGCUGUUUCGCAGGAGGCCGUGGAAGUGUGUCAGAAGGGGUCGCGAGGGAAACACUGGGAGUGCUGGCUUUCAGGAUCUUGUUUUCAGGUGUGACGGAUGCUUGUGUGAUGUUGUAACCUUCCGUGGUCACAGGCAGGAACAUACAGGACCUUGAAUCUGAAGUGGACAAAGGAAGGGAAUCCCAAUUUGGAUGGGGCACAGCACUAAGUGCUGAAAGAGGUCGUGUGGACUUGUCAAAGGUUUUCAUCAAACCUUGAAGGAAGUUUGUUUCCUCCUUGUGAUUCUUAGGAUGAUCCUAUCUUACGAUAAUAGAUACGAUAAUUAGUUUGUUUAAAAGCAAAAUGUUUUUUGUGAUACAAAUGAAGAGUAUGGCCUGAGGAUGCUAUUCUUCCUAAUGGAAGGACAGAAAUCUAUUUUAUGUAGUUUUAAAUAGAAUGCCUAAAUUAGGCGGUGGGAGAUAAUUUUUAGUGGUUAUAGGAAAGAGCAAAUUUAGGGAGAGUUGAACUUCAGGCCUUUUAUUCCUGGGAAGAUACCUAUAAAGAAAAUUUUAGAAGUAAUUUUUGAUCAGAAAUACACAUAUGCCCAUGUAAUGAAAAACAGAAUGUGCUCAUUCUGCUAGUGUGGUAUAACCAUAAUUUGUACUCCCCUGAAAUUCAUCGGAAUAACAGUUAUGCAUACAUGAACUAUGCCAGAGUAAUGUUUACAGAUACUUUGUGACAAAGUUCAGGAGGCUUGUUUUAGGUGGACGCGUACCCAAGGAGCCCGAGUCAUUUCAGAUGGCUUUGUCAAUGUUUUGCUUUCGCUGACAGUUGUCUUGUUGGAUACAGAGACCGGGCAGCAAAGGGGUUAGAAACAAUUAAAACGUCAGUCUCCUAGGAAGGAGACAUUCCAGAGUUCCAUGUUUUAUUUUCCAAGAACAAUGGGCUAACUCUGUACGUAGUGGAAAACAGUUUGCAAAAGGGUUACCUAAGAUAUGAGUAAAUGGUCUGACCUAAAGUUUUAUUUAGUUUAGUGGCAUGAACUGGUUUUGAAGCCAUACAUCAUAAAGUAUAUAUAUAUAUAUAUAUCCAAAAAUCUAAAAUAUUUUCACCUCAGAUUUCAGUAAUUGGCACAAACUUUGUGAGACACUUCUGAUUCCAUCUUGGGUUUCCUCACUAGCAGUAUGUUGAGAGGUGCAGACCGGCAUGUAGCCAGACACACUCCUGAAGCACUUGAAUACUCACCAUGCUUUGCAGGUAUUUGGAAGUGCAGCGGAUCAAACUGGACUCCUCAAGUUUGGCAUAAAUUCCUUUUUUGUGCUUAUUGUGGUGCAACUUAAGCACUUUGUUAGUAAACUCCCACACCGUCGAAAUGCUGAAGGCAGUUGGUUUCAAUGCAUGCCUUAUUUCCUCCAAGGCAUGCCUCGAUUGCUUAGAAUGCAUCAUUCGUUCGUCUCACUGUUUAAAUGUGCCCAGAAGGAAUGAUAAUGUAUCUAAUAGACCUCAUAGUCUGUUUCCUUGGGGAGUUGUAUACCAGAUGAUUAUUAAGUUUUCCUGUCCAAUUCCAUUUUUUUCCAAAAACAUGAUCUCAAAUUUUUAUCAUACUAUCAGUUCAUAAAUAACGUAACCAUUGCAACAACACAUCAGCCUUGAGUUGAUCCUUGAAAGUGGCCACAAAAUAAUCAAAUGCUGUGCAAAACAGGAAAGGAAACCAUUAACGUUCAGGAGAAGCUUUGAAAUGGGAAUUAGUCAGUAUUUCACAGGAAAUAGCUUCACAGAAGACACUAUUCAAAUAAAACGUGUACACUAUUUGCCUGAUGUUAUGGGGUAUGUGAUUUAAAAAAAGCAAAAAGCCUCCCUUAGACCAGCAGCUCUUAGCCUAGAAAAUGAUGGCCUGUAAAUAUAGAUGUACGACGUAGAAAUGCUCCCACCUGCAUCUAGUGGGAGCUUCCUGGGGGAGGGGUGCUGGCAGGACACGCAUGACAAACGUGAUGUGUGAGGCUCUCGGGGCCCAAACCCUCAGGCCCUCUCCAAGCUUUGCCAAUAUCCUUUUCCUCCAGUGAAAUCACAGCCUUGUGUUACCUGCCUGCUUAGCUAGUCCUCGAGCUUAUCAACUGAAAGGUUUACAAAACUGAAUCUGGUUGAAUCUCUGUAGCAUUCAACUUGAAAGGGUCAACACACCUGUCGGCAUUUUGCACACUUCUGUAUGAUGAUACAGCACAUUACUUUAUGGUAAUUUUUAUUUUUACAUAUAACUACCUCCAUAAAUUUGAUGAAAUGGCAGCAGUGCGUUCAAGUGUAUUGUUCAGAAAAGCAAAGUUUAAAACUUUCGUAAAUGUUAGGCCAUGGCAUUCUGUGUGUGUGUGUGUGUGUGUUAGUGAUUGUCUCUGUGGACUCAUGGCUUUUUCAUUGCCGUGGUUUUCCCUUACAACAUUAUUUGGCUUUCAGAUGUAAUCCGUCUUCUCUCCCCCAUGAAAGCUCACUUGAUUUUGCUACGAGUGAACAGAAGUCUAAAAAUUCUUGUCUUUCCCCUCCUCUCUAUUCCUGCUAAAAGUUCUCUCUGGCACAGAGCCAGUUGGUAAACAUAGUUUGACAAGCUAUAUGGAAAUCUGAUUUGAAUUCUGGGUUUUCAGUAAUGGAAGACACACAAGAAGUUUGGGUGGCCAAUUUUGAAGCACUUUGGGUCUCUCCACCUUCACUCACAUGCUACCACAGCAAGCCCAAACUUCACUUUAAUGAAACGAGCUGGGCUAUAUAUUCCACACUUUGGUUAAAUAAUUUGUAUUCCAUUUUCUAUCGUUUGUGCAUCUCAGGGGACCUUAAUGACCAUAUGAAAAAGGCGGGGGUGCCGUCAAAUAGAGAAGUAGAAAAGCUGAGAGGGGAGUAGCUAGGUAAAAAAAAUAACAAAGUACUGCUUCUCUGCUGUUGGGAAGUUCAAGUUCAGGAAGCAUACAUUGAAAGUUAAUCUGGAGUAGCAAUGAUCUGAACACCAGCUGUUCCCAAAUCUCUCUCUCAUAACCCAACCAGCAUUUCUAAAAUGUAAAUUUAAACCCUAUUCAGUCCCCAGGGAGGGGAGAAACCUGUUCAAUGGAAACAGAAGCAUUGCUCCCUUUUUAGGUUGGCACAGCUUUGUAAAAUUCUACCCAGGAUAAACCACUUAUCACCACAAAGUGUACUUGAAAGCAAAGUUUUUAACUUAAAUUAUAGGCAUAUUCCUCACAAUACAACAGUGAUCACUUUUUUAAAAAAAAAAAAUCUCUCCAUGUAUAACAUGAGCAGUGUUCAGAGCUUGGUUAAGAAACCAACAACAACUGAUGAUGACUUUGCACAGUUCAUUUUGGGAUCUCAAAGUGCUUCCAAAGCAUUCAGAUUCACAAACAACUAAACACAGUGGGUCAUAUUUAUAAUCCCCAUACUUGAAUAAACAAAAGGGGUGACCUCAGACCACCCAGAAACACAGUGGCAGCUAUCAAGAUCUAUUUUCUAUCUGUUUGAUAGACCUUCAUGGGAAAUCACUAAAUACAAUGCUAUUUUUCUGAUGUGUGCUAAUAAAGUCAAAGAAAACAAGUGCAACUUUACACCUUUGUCCAUUUUCAUUCAAGAGGUUCAGGGUGCUUGGAAUUUUGCAGCUUAGCACACCUUGCUGGCAUCAGUUGAUGAAGUGGGAGGUUAGCAGAUUCACCCAAGUGUCACCCCACUCAAAGGCAAUCUAGACACACACCCUUGUUUACAGAUUCACGCUGGGUCUAACUCCUGUGCUAACAUGACUGCUCCUGGCAGUGGAAGGUGCUGAAACAAAAUUUUAAUUAAAAACUUUAUCAAGUAUUCUUCUGAGUGCUCUGAGCACAAUAGAAAUUCAGUCCUAACUAUGGAGCCCUACUUUGGAGGAUCUAGGUUUCUGAGGGAGCUGGUGGGUUCUGAGUGUUUUCUCAGGUUAGGAGGUACACGAUCCUUCACAGGGGUCUUCAGCAGACCACGGGGCGGUCAUGGAACCGACCAGCAGUGCCCUGCCAGGCCACCAUGGACCCUAACAGAGGCGAUCUCUCCUUCCCUCCCAGCCUCCGCCUCAUUCCCCCCACACAGUCGUGGCUGUUGUCAGUCAUUUAGGGCUUGGGGGGAGUUAGGUCCCAGGAAGAAUGAAUGCAAAACCCAUGGUGAGCAGUUUGCUUUGGGAUCAUAAAAUGCUGGUGAGGAAGAAACGACUAUCAGUGUGAGCUUUGCCAAGUAAGAUCAGAGAAUCCGUUGUCAUCCCAUCCCUCUCGCAGAAGGUUUUUACAGCAUUAAGACUAAAUCCAACAUUUUUCCAUAGAUUUUUCUUUAGGAGACAUCUCGUAAAUUAUGUAUAUGGAAAAAAAAAAUGAUCCAUUUUCCUCGUGUGUUUGAAACAGACGUUGGCGUCUCCCUGCGUGUUUUGCAGCAGCAGCAGCCCCAGAGGUUCCCAGUCAUGGCUCCUCUGCCAUGGAAUCCUGUGUUGUUACAGUUGUUCUAUGACUUACAGUUGAGGGUUUGCAAGCCUCCGAAUUCUACAAGGCUCCAGGGGGACCAACCCUCUUCUGAUUGCCUCAUGUGAGUUACAGGGCUUUAAUCAGCCAUUGCUGGCUUCAAGUGUGAACACACACACCUGACGCCAGCGAGGGAAUGGGGUGUUUGCAAGUGGGGAAGCAAAGACUGUGGAAGGUUAGAAGCUUGAGUGGGCCUUGUACAGCUGCCCACUCCCUGUGCAAAGGCUGACCCUGACACCCCCAGUUCCCGUACUCCCACCAAAAAGAGGUACCCAACCUGAGACCUGAGCUCUCCGUAUCAGGCCUCUGCCGUUCCAGGAAGUUGAUCUUGCAGAACACACUCAGCAGCUCCUCCCCUUCCUGUCCUCUGAGCGCCUCCCUCCCUGCCUCCUUCCUAGACCCUGACACAACGCCACGGUUUCCACAUUGGAAGGGCAGAAUGCUGUGCAGUGCUGUGCACACACGCUGAGUUAGGAACAGCUGCCCGGGGGUCACCUUCAUGUAAGUAUUGACAGCUACAAAUUAAAGUCCUUGGAGCAGCUAACACAGAUACUACUUUCUAGAAGAGAACUAAAUGUAAACGUCAAGUUUAAAGGGAUCAUAAUUCUGCAGGUAUCUUUCUGAGUGACUGUGACUAUUGCAUUAGGGUAAAUGAAUUAAGAAGUACAAGUGGGAUUUACUGUAUGUUAGAAAGGAGUUUUGCAGCCAAGACUGCCUUGAAUACAAUGUGUUUGCACUGAAAAAAAAAAUUUUAAAUUACUUGGUCUCUGGUUGCUGUAAGGUCAUCCAAGAUGGAUGUUCUGUUUAUAUUGUAUAGUAUUUCAUAUGAAAUAAUUACGGUUCAUGAAACGUCUUCCCUAAUGUUACUGAUUUAUAACAGCACAUUUGUAACAUGGUUUUUAUCGUGUCAGUGUACCAUAUUGUAAAUGAUGAUUACUUGUCAUGCUUAGUAUAAUAACUUAAAAGAAAAAAAAAGGACAGGGAUUUUUGUAAGUCUAUAUUUGAAAGUCCCUCCAUAUGGUAAUAUUGUGUUCAUGUUGUUUAUGUAGU